CCUCCUCUUUCCCUCUGUUGCGCAGCACCGCGGGACUAGAGCACUAUACUCACUAUGGCAUCCACCACAGCACGGACUCUCUUAGUGCUUUUCGCCACAUUCUGUGCAUCAAGUACUGGAUCAACAGCCGACAAGCCCCUGCGGCCGCGGAACGUGCAGAUGACGUUGGUGGACAAGGGCCUGAGGGUAAGCUGGGAACCUCCCAACGAGCUGGACGGUCGGCCGGUGGACCGCUACAACAUUGGCUACGGCAAGUCCAUGAGGACACUCCGCUUCAUCAAGGUGGACAAGGACAGACGGUCCAAGGUACUGGAGGAUGUAGAGCCCGGAGUUCUGCACUUUCUCAAGAUGAGUGCCGAGAACAAGGAGGGGAUAAGCAAACCUGUGUACAGAGCAGAGACGCCAGGAGGUGGUGAGUGGGUCAAACUGGAUGGCUUCGCAGUGGCGGACGGGGCACCUGUUAACGCAUCAACUCCAGCUCGUCCAACUCCUACUCCAGACAUGUGGACCAGGGCUAACUCCACUGUCAAGAUCCCUGUGAGAACAGGAAGAGGAUCAGUGGUUGAUGGGGGGGUGCGCCCAUCAGGCCUGACCUCCUCCAGGGGGCAGCAGAUCCGGAGACCCCCCCAAUCAUCCUCCGGCCCUCGUCAGCCAGAUAGGGCCAGGGCAGGGACACCCCUGCUGGACCAGAGGUCCCAACACCACCACCACCACACCCAGCCACAGGCUGACCAGAGAAACAGACACAACCCCAAACUAGCAUCUGAGUCCAUCUAUGUGGUAUCACUGCAGGCACAGAGAGCCACGGGGCGGAGCGUGCCAAGCAACAGAGCCACCCUGACCAAAAAAACUCCCCCAGAGCCUGAGGAGUAUGAGGCCAAAGACAUCGGUGUGAGGGUCAUGUCCCCUCAGUCUGUCCUCAUCAGCUGGGUGGACCCGGCUAUCGAGAUGGAGAAGGUCCUACCUGGUGGCUCCAGACACUACACAGUGAAGUACAGGGAGAAGGGUGAGUCUGCUCGAUGGGAGUACAAGGAGACCAACCAGAGGAGGCUGCUGAUAGAUACCCUGUCAGCUGAUGGGAUGUACGAGUUCUCCGUCCGAAUCUCCCAGGGAGACAACCACGGCAAGUGGAGCGUGUCCGUGUUCCAGAGGACCCCAGAAUCUGCUCCCUCUGGUCCUCCGGAGAACUUUGAUGUGAAGCCACUGAGAGGGAAGGGAACCGCUGUCACGGCGACCUGGGACCCACCUGAGGAACCCAACGGGAGGAUACGAGAGUACAUAAUGUCCUAUGCUCCUGCCAUGAAACCCUUUGGGAUGAAGUCAGUGACAUACCGCGGCAGCACCACCUCAGCCAUCAUAGACGGCUUCCUGCCUGGGGACCUCUACAUCUUCAAGAUCAGAGCCACCAACAGGAGGGGCCAGGGUCCCCAGACCAAAGCCUUUAGCGUAGCCAUGCCUGGAGGCACCGCCAGCAGUGCUGCCUCCUCACCAACUCAAGGUGGCCGUAGAACCAGCUAUACCCCCUCUCAGACGUCCAAACAGGACAGUUACCGUGACGAUGUCGUCAACCUCCAAUUAGAAGACGUGACCAAGGAGCCGACCACACCCACUCAGACCACAUCUGCCCCGCCCACCUCCAGGCGGACACGGCCCCUCACCAAGACACGCUCCUAUCACAGCAUCUUCUCAGAUGUGAGGGGCACGGUCAGGAACAGGGCGACCAAUCAGCGACUAGGAGCCGGUACUGCUCCAGCCAGAGACAAGGGGAGAAAGACAGAAGCAGAGGAUGAACAGGAGGAGGAGAACAAAACAACAGAAACCACUCGAGACGAAGAGGAAGAGAAGCUCACUAGCGAAGAUGUGGAGGAGAAGAAAGAAGCAGUGACUCAGAACAAUGUUGUUCCUUCUACACCUGAGGACAGUGGUGACGUCAGAAGGAGAGGUAAAGGGAAGGAUGUAGAUGAGCCCUCCAGACCCAGCCUCAAAACAGAAGUUCCCUCAUCAGAGGGCUCCUCAUCAUCCUCUAAACCCUCCUACCCUCUCCGCAAACCUCUCUCUGGCAGGCGCAUCAAUUCUGGUCGAAGACCAUUCUCCCGGGCAUCAGUCUCAGGGUCAGUGUCCCAGUCAAAGACACAGGAUGCAGAAAAGGACAGCGCCUCCUCAUCCUCCUCAUCUUCUUCGUCCUCCAGCCCAUCCCCCAACGAGGAGUCUGCAGCCAUCAGGAAGGACGACACUGUCACCAACUACUCCGAGGGCAAAAAGACCUACGACCAGCCAAGUGCCACAGCGGCCAAACCCUCCACCUCAACCCCUACCCCAAACCAGGCCGUCUCAGAGUCCAAGACCGAGGCACCAUCUGUGGGAAGAGGAUCUGCUCUGCCGGGCCGUGGAUAUGGUUAUGGCAGGCGGAAACCCGGGAUCCUGUCUCGAGGGAAUCCAAAUGGCCGGGUUCUUACUGGGUCAGACUCGACUUCCGCAGGCAUGUCCCAGUCCACUCUACCGACCAAAGGCAAGAUCCCAGAAACAUCACACACUCACGGCUCACACACUCCUAGCACACAGGACUUAACACACCGCCAGGACAAUAAUGACUACAACGACUACAAAGUCACAGAGGCAGAGGCCACCAAAGAAGAAGAACCCACUUCCAGUUCCCGGACCAUUUCCACUAAACAUUCUUCUGAGGACAGGACACAGGACAAGAGAGAGGAGGGAGGGAGGGGAGACAGAAAAGUACAGGAAAGGAGGGGAGACAGGGGAGAAGAUGGAGGGCGUGAAGACAGGAGAGAGGAGCGAGGGAGGGGGGACAGGAGAGUAGAGCGAGGGAGGGGAGAGAAGAGAAAGGAAGAAGGGAGGGGAGACCGGAGAGAGGAUGGAGGGAGGGGAGACAGGAAAGAAGAUGGAGGGAGGGGAGAGAAGAGAGAGGAAGAAGGGAGGGGAGACCGGAGAGAGGAUGGAGGGAGGGGAGACAGGAAAGAAGAUGGAGGGAGGGGAGACAAGAGAGAGGAGGGAGAGAAAGGAGACAAGAGAGAGGAGGGAGAGAGAGAAAACAGGAAAGAGGAGGGAGCGAGGGGAGACAGGAGAGAGGAGGGAGAGAUGGAAAACAGGAAAGAGGAGGGAGGGAGGGGAGAUAGGAGAGAGGAGGGAGGGAGGGGGGAGAACUACUACAACACCCCAGCUCCCCCAGCUCCCCCACCUUCCAAGACACCUGCUCCCCCUGCCUCCAGGAUUAACCCCUUUGUGAAACGGCACCAGAGCAGGUUUGGAACAGGGAUGGGGAGCAGUAGCAGGGUGUCUUCCCCCCGCGCAGACGGGAGGGUUCCCUGGAGCAGGACAGCCUCCUCAUCCUCUGUUGGGGCUGGAAGACCCAUCCUGAGAGGAUUCCCCUCUAGGACAGCUGCCUCGGGGGCAGCAUCUGCCUCAGGGGCAUCAAGGACCUCUGCAGUGCAGGAGACCAGUGAGGAUGCUAAAAAACCCUCCACCCUCUAUCCGUUAAAGAAUGGGGUGGGGGCUGGGGCACUUAAACCCUCUCUGCCCAACAGGAAUACUGUUCUAGGUGAAUCGAGGAAUCCCAUCACCUCCUCUUCUUCUUCUUUCUCCUCGUCCUCCUCCAACUCCUCCUCUAGUAGUCGUAGAGACUCCAGUGAACCCGUCCACAGAGGAAGCAGCACCAGGGAGGACAGCAGUAAUGACCAUAAGGAGGACUAUCUCUACAAGGGGAGUAAGGAGAUGUAUGAGUGGAAUGAGAAAGUCACAGACCCAACCACCGCCCCCAAAACUACUGCCACCACUACCAUUGCCAUCACUACCACUACCUCAGCCCCAACUACCACCCGCAGGGUGCCCCAGAGUAGAGCCAUUGAGAGUGUGGACAGGGAAGCCACACCUGGUAGAACCAGGCCCGGUUUCGUCCCCGGUUCUACGCUCCCCCGCCGUACCGUUAUAGGUCCCAACGGGAGGGUGCGAUCUCCCCUGCUCAUAAACAGGCAGACAGGUUCUAGGUUCUCGCUUAGAGCACAACCAGCACAGAGCACACGGUUAGGUUCCUCUAACACAAACACAUCAUCUUCCUCUUCUUCCUCUUCCUCCUCUAGUCUGUCCCAGCCAGAUCACAGGGUUAGCGGGGCCGCUAGUGUUAGCACUGGAGGCUCCUCCCCUUCCCUCUCUCGCCCCUCUCACAGACAGACCUCCAUUGGCAGCAGCCAGGGAUCUCAAGGCUCCUCUUCCUCCUCGUCAUUCUCAUCUAGAGACUCUGUGGUGGGCCAGGGUACAAGGACACGCUACCCCAGCCGGUCAGACCCCCAUCUCAGGAGUAAAACCCCCAGUGGAGGCCUCAAGCCAGGCUACGGAAAUGGUCAUGGAAAUGGACAAAAUGGCCGCCCCAAUCUCACGGCGACCGGUGACAAAGAGUCCAGCACAUCCAAUGACAACACCAAACCUAAUGGAAGAAGGUACAUCACUGGGCCUGAUGGAGCCAAGUGGGUGUUGGACUUGGAUAAGGGGGUCCUGAUGAACGAGGAUGGCAGGGUUCUCCAGGACUCUCAGGGCCAACCCAAGAGGGUGGUUCUGGGAGAGGACGGACGCACCGUCUUUGACCACCAGGGUAGCCCAUUGGUGAACCAGGAGGGCCAGGCUCUGUUUGGUCAUGGACGGGAAAGUCAACCGGUGGUCAACCCCAAAGACAAGUUCCUGACUGUGGGUGGCAAACCCAUCAUUGGCCUGGACCACGCUAAACCAAGGAUCACAACCACAACCAGACCUCCUACCACGACCACACCUGAACCGACAACACUACCAACCACCACUGAAAUGUCCACAGAGGAGACUAUAACCAUGCCGGUGUUCCCGACCUGUCCUCCAGGAACAUUUUUGAUCAGGGAUGAUGAGGGAUUCCCAAUGCUGGAUGCUAAUGGCAUCCUGGACUGUUAUCCUGAAGAGGAAUCCUCGGGACUGGAAACGGACUCUAUGGAUGAGUUGUUGUGGCAGACCACGCUGCCCCCCACACUGCCCCCCACCACCACUACGACAGACCACCCCACGCCUGAACCAGACACCAGGCCCUUCAACAAUAGCCCCUCCAAUGAGUUCGACCUCACCGGGAAGAAACGCUUCACAGCUCCGUAUGUGAACUUCAUCCAGAAGGAUCCGGGCGCUCCGUGCUCGCUGACGGAGGCUCUGGAAUACCUACAGGUGGACGUCCUGGAAAACCUGCUCAAGAAAGACAGCCUGGCUACUAAUCAGAAACAGCCGCCCAAAAACAAGCCCCACAACAUCACGGUGGUCGCCAUGGAAGGCUGUCACUCAUUCGUCAUCCUAGACUGGGCCAUCCCACUGAAGGAUGACAUGGUGUCAGGCUACAUGGUCCACAGUGCCUCAUACGAUGACGUCCUUAACAACAGGUGGUCCUCCAGUGCAUCCAGCGGCUCACAUCUGGCUGUUGAAAACCUCAAACCGAACUCCAGGUACUACUUCAAAGUGCAGGCGAAGAAUGUCUUUGGGCUGGGACCGGUCAGCGAUACAAUCACCUAUGUCACUGAGUCAGACGACCCUCUUCUUAUUGAACGACCACCUGGUGGAGAGCCUAUCUGGAUCCCCUUUUCCUUCCGAUACAACCCCCAGCACAGUGCCUGUAAGGGCAGCCAGUACGUCAAGAGGACAUGGUACAGAAAGUUUGUAGGUGUGGUCCUCUGCAACUCACUGAGAUACAAGAUCUUCAUGGGAGAUGGGCUGAAAGAAACAUUCUACAGUAUAGCAGACACAUUCGGUCAUGGGGAGGACCACUGCCAGUUUGUAGACUCUUACCUAGAUGGGAGGACAGGCUCCCCCAACCUCUCAAUGCAUCUGCCAACAGCACAAGGUUACUAUCGCUCAUACAGGCAGGAGCCAGUGAACUUUGGACCUAUCGGCCGGCGUACGCCACAUCUCUUUGGAGGAUGGUAUGAGUGCGGGGUGCCCAUCCCUGGCAAGUGGUAACACAGGGGGUCACAAAGAGUUCGUCAUCGAGGGCAACCCAACUCCAUCCUGCUGCAGCCUUUCUCAUGCUGUUACUGACCCCGCCCCUGGAGAUAAACUGUUGCUUACCACAGCAGAAAGACAACAACAUUGCAAAUGUAUACUACUUCAGAUUGAAGAGAAUAUAAUACUUUAAACAACAAUUAAUAUUUCCAUGUAUUCAUUAACAUGCACUUUUAUAAAAGUAGUCUGUAUAUGAGGGAGGAAAAGCAUGUACAGUGGCUUGCGAAAGUAUUCACCCCCCUUGGCAUUUGUCCUAUUUUGUUGCCUUACUACCUGGAAUUAAAAUGUAUUUUGGGGGGGGGGUUUAUCAUUUGAUUUACACAACAUGCCUACCACUUUGAAGAUGCACAAUAUGUUUUAUUGUGAAACAAACAAAAAAACUGAAAACUUGAAAAUGUGCAUAACAAUUCAAAGUCAAUACUUUGUAGAGCCACCUUUUGCAGCAAUUACAGCUGCAAGUAUCUUGGGGUAUGUCUCUAUUAGCUUGGCACAUCUAGCCACUGGGAUUUUUUUGCCCACUCUUCAAGGCAAAACUGCUCUAGCUCCAUCUAGUGGGAUGGGUUCCGCUGGUGUACAGCAAUCUUUAAGUCAUACCACAGAUUGGAUUGAGGUCUGGGCUUUGACUAGGCCAUUCCAAGACAUUUAAAUGUUUCCCCUUAAACCACUCAAGUGUUUCUUUAGUGGUAUGCUUAGGGACAUUGUCCUGCUGGAAGGUGAACCUCCGUCCCAGUCUCAAAUCUCUGGAAGACUGAAACAGAGUUUCCUCAAUAAUUUCUCUGUAUUUAGCACAAUCCAUCAUUCCUUCAAUUCUGACCAGUUUCCCAGUCCCUGGAGAUGAAAAACAUCCCCGCAGCAUGAUGCUGCCACCACCAUGCUUCACUGUGGUGGUGUUCUCACGGUGAUGAGAGGUGUUUGCUCCAGACAUAGCGUUUUCCUUGAUGCCCAAAAAGCUCAUUUUUAGUCUCAUCUGUCCAGAGCACCUUCUUCCAUGUGUUUGGGGAGUCUUCCACAUGCCUAUUGGCGAACUAAUAAUGGCUUUUUUUCUGGACACUCUUCCGUAAAGCCCAGCUCUGUGGAGUGUACGGCUGAAAGUGGUCCUAUGGACAGAUACUCCAAUCUUCACGUCAGGGUUAUCUUUGGUCUCUUUGUUGCCUCUGAUUAAUGCCCCCCUUGCCUGGUCUGUGAGUUUUGGUGGGCGGCCCUCUCUUGGCAGGUUUGUUGUGGUUUUUAUAACCCAACUCUGAUCUGUACUUCUCCACAACUUUGUCCCUGACCUGUUUGGAGAGCUCCUUGGUCUUCAUGGUGCCGCUUGCUUGUUGGUGCCCCCUUGCUUAGUGGUGGUGCAGACUCUGGGAUCUUUCAGAACAUAUAUGUGACAGAUUAUGUGACACUUAGAUAGCACACAGGUGGACUUUAUUUCACUAAUUAUGUGACUUCUGAAGGGAAUUGGCUACACCAGAUCUUAUUUAUAGUAUAGUCUAAAAAAUGUAGAAUGUUUUUAAACAAGUAAUUUUUUUCAUUUCACUUUACCAAUUUGGACUAUUUUGUGCAUGUCUAUUACAUGAAAUCCAAAUAAAAAUCCAUUUAAAUGACAGGUUGUAAUGCAACAAAAUUGGAAAAAUGCUAAGGGGGAUGGAUACUUUUGCAAGGCACUGUAUUGCUAUUGCUUAGUUUAACUUUUGUCUUCCGGAUCAGAAAGUGUCCUUGUUUAUUCCCAUUCCCAACUAUUGCCGAGUCAGCCCCUGGCAUUAUUUAUCUCAUCAAAGUGCACCUGUGAUUAUGAUAUCACUAAUGAAAUGGAGAUCAUGUAAAAGACCAAAGCACAAACUGAACAGUACUAAUGGGAGCUAAGGGUUUGUAUGUGUGUUUAUUAUUAAUCAAGAUAUUUGGUUCAUAACAGUAGUAUGAUAGAGUAAUGGCUUUUGACAACUACUUUUGGUGUCAGUUGUUUUCUUGAACAUACAUAGUGUUUUUAUACUCUUUGGUAUUUACGAGACGAUAUGAGAAGUUGGUGUGGAAGUGUUGUAUGUAUACGGACAUUGAAAAAAAACUAAUAUUUGCUCAGGAAUGGUUGGACAUUGAAUAAAGGUGCUAUGGAAA